AUGAAGCCCACCCUGCUCAGCCCCUUCCUGAUGUUCCUAAUCUUCUCCCUGCUGCUACCUCCACUGAUGGGGAGCUUCCUUUUUAAAGGUCCUACAAAGACAUCCCACAAAAAUGCUUCACCUCCUCCCCUGGAUUCGAAUGACCCACUUACUAGUACUGACAACACCACAGAGGCUCCUGCAGAUACAGGGAUCACUUUAAAGGAUUCAGCUGCAAGGUUAUCAGAGAAACCAGGCCUAUGCCCUAAGGAUCUCCUUCCAUGCAAAGAGCUAUGCCAUGGAGACGAUUCCUGCCCCCACGGUCAGAAAUGCUGCAGCACAGGCUGUGGGCACAUGUGCCAGGGAAAUAUUGACGGAGGGCGGGCUGGCCAUUGUCCGGUUGUCUUCCAGAACCUUUGUAUAAUGGUCUGUAAAACUGAUGAGAACUGUCCAUAUGAAGAGAAAUGCUGCAAGUCUGGCUGUGGCCAGUUCUGUGUGACCCCUAUCCCAGUUCAAAACUCCACCCAGACUCCUGAGGAGGAGCCUCCCCCUCAAAACUUUACGGAGACUCCAAUCCCUGAAAUACCGGCAGUUCCAGAAACCCAAGUGAAUUAGGUGAUCUGAUGUUCCAG